ACGUCGUCGUCGUGUAGUGUCGUCUCCUCGUACCGAGAACAGAUUGCGAGGCAGCCGUGAAACAUCCGUCGCCCGUGCUGUGUUUGGUUGCUGAGUCGAGAUGAUUACUCACGCCGGCAUGAACAGGAUGUACGCCAAACGGGAGAUGGAACUGCGGCGGCUGCUCCACCAGGUGCGCUGCUGGCUGCGGGUCAUGUUUGUGCUCGCCAACAACCUCUACUGCAUCCCCACCUACCUGGCCUGGAUGUGGGUGGCCUUCUAUCCGCUGCGCGUGCUCUUGCCCCCUCUGUACUGGGCCAUCGAGCGCCAGCUCUUUCGCCUCCUCCUCCUCAUGGUCUCCUUCUGGAGUUGGAGUGCCGAGUACUAUGUGGACGAAGUCGGUGAGGACGUGAGCGAGUGCUACAGUGACCGGACGCUGGUCCUAGUCAACCACCAGUCCACGGCUGACGUGCCAUUGCUCAUGGCCUCCUUCCAGGGGAAGCGCUCGGUCACUGAGCACCUCAUGUGGAUCAUGGACCGCCUGUUCAAGUACACAAACUUUGGCGCAGUCUCCAUGACCCACGGUGACUUCUUCAUUACCCAGGGCAAGGACACCCGCAACACCCAGUUGCAGCGGCUCAGGGACCACAUUGCGGAGGUGUACCUCCGCCGCGGGCUCAAGUGGAUUGUCCUCUUCCCCGAGGGUGGCUUCCUGCACAAGCGGCGGGCCACGAGCCAGCGGUAUGCCAGGGCCAAUGGCUACCCCAUCCUGGAGCACGUGACGCUGCCGCGUGUGGGUGCUAUGAAGACCGUCCUCGAGACACUCUCGUCCGAGAAUCUUGAGAAGACUAACAAGGGAGAGGAGCCAAUCAAGUGGGUGGUGGACAUCACCAUUGGCUACCCAGACAUGGGCAAGCCCCUGGACCUGUUUGUCAUUUCGGGUGGUUUCCGCAAGCAGUGCGUCGUCCACAUGCACUAUCGGCGUUUCCCCAUCUCAGAGGUGCCCGUCCACGAUUCGGAGGCCCUCACGAAAUGGCUGUACGACCGGUGGGCGGAGAAGGAAGACCUCUUGGACAUCUUCUACCGAACGGGACGCUUCCCGGGACGUCUCCACCGAGGCAAAGGGGAGGAGGAGGACAUCGGCAAGGACCACCCCGCACCUCUCCGCGAGGCGCCCCUGCGCGUCGACUUCAACAUCGUCUGGAUCGUGCUCGUGCACGCCUUCUUCAUCAUGUCGACGUUGUUCCACGUGGCCCUGUUCCGCUGGCUCGCCUCGCUCGUGCCGUUCUGGUGACAGUUUCUUCUCGCUGCGGAACGGAGAGUGUUGAAGCUACUGUGGUGCGGAUUUCUGCGUGAUGGUUGCACUGCGUGACAAGGGGGGGUGGGGGUUUCAAGGGGCGCUCUCAAAAGUGGCAACGCCAUCCCGCUUGGGUUCUUAAAAGCGUGUGUCCCCACCUCUCGUGAAGGCUCGAUUCCUACGGGGCGGCGGAGCAGUGUUUGAGGCUGGUUGUGAGGGAAGAAUUUCUUCUUCUUGGGGGAAGGGGUGGAGCUCCUUUGCUGUUGAAGGCUCUUGGAAGAAAAGCACGGUUGCAAGUUCAAAUGUACCGUGCAGUGUUCGAUAUUUUCUCGAAAGCCCUGCGAAUCUGCAUGUGUGUGUGUGUUUGCAUGUGUAAGUGUGUGUCAGGCAAUCCCAUGAGGAAGACCUCGGGAAGGACAGUUAAUGUCUGGAAAUGCUUGCGAGAGGGCGCUUUCGGCUGAUUGAAAACUUUAAAGGAUGUGCUGGGAAUACGAUGUGUGAAAACUUGAGCUCACACUUCAGAAGGAAACUGAGAACGGCUGUGGAAAGUUGCAAAAGGGACCUGGAAAACUGGGAGAUAUCCCACUGAUGAUUCUAGUUGGGAGGCAGGAGGAAAGUUGAUUGCAAUGCCCUUUGAACUCGGGACCAGCAAACUUGAAACUGGGUUGUACUCCUAUCGAUAGGACCAGUGGGAGAAUGCGCGUGUCGCCAUACGUAGCUGAACAACCUCAGAAAUUCCUGCAAGAAGCACCUGGAUAUUUACUCAAGGCCGAGUCAUGAAAAUGGGCUUUUAAAACAGUCCGUUAUAACGUCAUAUGUCGUAAUGAAAAAGUUGCGAGGCUGCAUACAUAUUUCGAAGUAAGUUGCAUGACAGAUAAGACAAGCUUAGUUCUGUUUAGGUUUUUUGCAUUGAGGGGCCAUCGUCGCGUUUUUGAAAACCUAAGCCUGUUGGAGAGUCAGAAACUACAUUCAUGUUGCAGGUAUACCAUAAAAACUCGUACACAAUGUGAACAUCAGUGUAGGUAAUGCAAAGAAAGCUAUAUGCUAUCAUAUUUAAAGGCCUAGUAUUGAUCUAUGUUCUUAAUGCAAACCUGGAUAUUUUCAACAUUUGUGGCUGCUUCUAGUUGCACCAAAAAAAAAUAUGACAAGUCACAUUAGGAAUCACUAGCUGAUCUCUUAUCUUUACCGUGCUUGAGUCGCUUGAGCCAACUACGGUAGGGAUCCUGCAAAUGUGCUCUGUUUAGCAGGAAUAUUUGUUUACAGCACCGUCAUACAAAACAAUCCGAAUUAGAGGCAAUUGUGCCAUAUAAGCAGCUGUUUGGUUUAAGCGAAUUCAAUCUACCAAGAUUUUAUUAUAUAUCUCAAAGUUGAAGCCUAACGAGAGGCCUAAAUUUUAGGGCAAGUUAAGGUAAUGUUUAUGUGUAUUUGCAGGUGGUGAUUUAUCGCUGUUUUCACUUGUGGCCUGAGUUAUCGUCGCUCGAUUUGUCAUUGUCAAUUCUGUUCAUGGUAAAUUUCUAUGCACUCGGGCAUCCAUGAAGUAAAAGACUCAGAUAACGAGAAGUUUGCAAGCAAGUUUGUCGGAGGCUUCAGUCUUAAAGAGGAAGACUUUAAGAUAAUGUUUAUGGUAAAAAGAUGAAGGAGGAAAUGGAAAGACGGGGAUGUUAGCCAGUUCUCAGGCCGGUUGGCUACCCUGUGCUAAGCACCUAAAAACCAUUAGUAUCUGGAAAGAUGAGGUUGUUGUAAUUCUGAGUAGCAUGAAUCCAAGGACAAUCCUUACUCUCUUAGUGAGCAUUUAUAAUAUUCUUAGUACUCUGGCACCAGCCUCUUAACGUAAAAUUUGAACACAAAAAUUGCGGUGAAAACCCCUUGGUGUGGAACCGUUUGGUGGAAAGAGCCUGGAGGCAUUCACUUGAGACUCGGGGAAUGGCAUGAAAGCAUCUGCACUUGUGAUGGUGCUUUUGCAGUGCGCUCAAUAUUUAAUAUUUCCUUAGCUGGGCAGCCGCAAAAUCUAGUGGGAACACAAACUUCCUCGUUAAGCAUACUGAUUAUAAUCAAACUCGUUUCAUGGCAAGAGGAAAAAGUUCAGGAAUGGAUAAACGACAGCUCUGCUAUAGAGGGUGACACUGAAAGGCCUCUUCUCCCCACUGCGAGCGCAAUCAGGUGCAAGCAUUCGGAUAAAAUGCGAUAUUUGGCAUUGUAUAAAACAUUUUUAUUGCAACGGUUGAAACUUACUGAAUACACAUUAUGGUGUCACAGUGUAAAAUACGGUAGCAUAAGAGAAAAAGAAAGAGCGUCUCGCCUGACUCUUCCUCACUGACGAUGAUUUCAGGUAGCUAGGCUCCGUGCGACGACUCCAGCGUCGCUUCACGACCGUGCAACUCAUUGGCGACGAGUCUGCCUCGAUGUAGUCGACAAAAACGUCCAGGACAAUCGCGACUGUGCCCAGAUUGUGUCUGUGUGAUGACCUCGUGACUGUGUUCGUCAGGACCGUCGCCUUGCGGCCAUGAACACUUUGGAUGCCUGCAACCGAGCAACAAGAAUUGGACGGGUACACUUCUGUUCCGAGGUACCUUGCAGCCAUGCUGUCGUGCUUGGCUUCAAUGACUGUUCAUCUCUCGUGUUGAGCUCGCGGAAAAUGUGACGAUUCGACGGCGGUGCCUGAUGAUUUGACCAAGGCAUAGGGGAUUUCGUGCUGUACCUUACUGAGAUGUUCUGGAGGUUUCCCGGCAAGACGGAGGUACAGUUCGCUGGGCUGUGAUCGGUUUAGGAAUUGUUUAGCUGUUACUUAUCAGUUAGUUUUGUCACAAGAAAGUUUUCAGACUGCUGUGGACUGAAUUAUAUUGCAUUUCGACAAGCCCAACUUUUUCUUUCACUGUCAGUGUAAGAGAGUCGAGGGUUGCAGCUUGAGCAUUUCGAGUUUUGAAGGAGCAAAGUUUUUGAAUCGUGGGAGUGAAACGCACAGGUAUCAACUGUGAACUGAUUGCGGUGAAUUGUGUCUGCUAUUGCAACGUUCUUUUUUUUUUUUCCUCACGCCUUGUUUCCAAUGCACUGUGGCAGAGAAUCCGACACGAUUCACUUGCUCAUCGGGAGCACUGCUUUUUUUAACCUGUGCAGCACCUAAUCUUUGGCCACAAAAAUAGCACAGCACUAUUUUUCACUUGUUUUUAUGGAACUUUGAUCCUGGGAAACAUAUCCCAAGGCAUACAAUGAUUCUCAAUUUUUGAAAAAUAAAAUGGUUGUCCUUAGUCAAGUUGUUUGAGCUGUAAGGGAGGCAUUUGCUCGCGUUCGUCAAAAUGCAGCCUUGUUCAGUCAUCAAAUCAGUGCCAUGUAAUUUGUUUUAGCCAUUUCCUCACUGCAGCGGCUUGAUUUUGAAUUUCUGUGCUGGUCACGAUAUUAAGGGCUCGUUUUUAGGCUUGUUCAUUCAGCAGUCGUCAAUGUUUUGGUGCGUUCGCAAGUGUUCGUGCUUCUUCUCAAGACCAAACAGCGGAGGGCACCAGUGGUGCCCCAGCUGAUGUAAUAUGUAGCUGCUAUCAUUCGGGUGGCGAUGUUCGUGGACACCCUGAUGCAGGUCCACCGUACAAGCAGCUGGAGCUGACCUAUUUGAAAGUGCUGGUGCAUCUCGGAGGUGGUUGCACAUUCGAUAAGAUGAUGAUAGUUCGCACAAGGACCAGUAGACAGGCAGAUCUAAGGACACUACGCAUUACCUGUCAGUAGUCUGUGCAAGGGAGCCUAGCCUAAGUGUACGUGCAGCGCCUCGAAAUGACCACUUCACGGCGCUUUAGUAUGUGUAGGGCCUCUAGCAUUAACACCGAUUAGUUUAGCUGGAUUCUUCGCUCUUAUAAAUGAUGGCGCCGUAGCAUGCACUUUGCUGGUCAGGAGGAGAUAUCGAUUGGCCUGUGCAAAGUAGGUGUAGUCUGUGGCCGAAGGGUUGUUGUAUCUUUUUCCGAGUUUGCACCUCGUGAGCAGCUUUCUGUGUCCAAAAAAUUGAAUAAUAAAGUUAGGCUUACUGCUGCACGUGCUGUUGCUCAUGGUUCAACACUGCUAGAAAUGAAUGAGAUGUAGUAAAGCAGUGCAAAAAGUUAUUUGGUGCAUGUGCAUGAUAGCAGUGCACAGUUUUCCGUGGUAAAAAGAGGAAGAGAAAGAGGGGAAACGCAGAAGGACAUACUGCAUGCAAUUCUUCGCCAAUCUUCUACAGUGAUUGUGAGCCAUGGUGUCUAGGUGCACUAGCACAAGGCCGCCCUCCUGCACUACGUCAUUCUGCAUGCCUCUUUCUUGCAAUUUUUUAAGCGUACAACUCGGCGCUACGCAAUCAUAAAAUCGCAAUUAAUGCAUAGGAAUAAGAGAUAUUCGAGGAGGGUUUUCAAGGAGGUCCACAUGUGAGGUAGUACUUUUACUGUGCACUUAACUGAUAAGCUGUCGAGAGUCUAUGCUUUGUAACCAGAUUUGUGUACCUGGGCAACUGGGAGGUACGGUUCAAAUUUCUUUCAGCUGCAACUCGUACCAUAAGCAACGAGAGUGUGGCAUGAGAUGCACAGCACCGUUUUCUAGGGCGCAUUCUGCCGUCUAUUUGUUUAUAGCACCGGUGAAUUAGGGAAUGCGAUAAUUUUGACAAUAAUGUGAGACUCUUAGCAAGACUGUUGUUGCCACAGGUGUAGCGAAUGGCUGUUCUUGUUAUCAGCUCCAGCACCCUACUAUGAGCAAAAUUUUUGGGUGUACUCACGAGUGAUUUAUGCCCAGCGUGUUCUUGCAAGCUUGCUGUGAAAGCGGUCCCGUAAACGAAAUGUACCGCCAUGUCCCGUUGAUCUUGGAUAGUGCAAGGUUCAUUACGUUUGGCUAGAGUAAAAGCCCUGAGGCUGCAAAGUGGCCGGCAUGUUUGGCGAAUCACUUGCGAGCUGUGGCUAGAAAAGUUGGCACAAUUUCGAGAGUUUUAUCUAGGGUAGAAUUCUGGCACUCCUCACAACUGCAGCCCCUUAACGGUGUAUUUUUGCCACGCAAGAAUCUCAAAUGCAUGCACUUGGUUCCAUGUUGCAUAGCUGGUACUUGUGUUGGGAACCUAUGUGCGUGGUACCCACGUGCACCCCAAGUACGUAGGUGUUGGGUGUGAUGAUACCCGUGGAACUCCUUGCUGUGAAGUGCUGAGCAUGCAGCUUCAACUGAACGCAUGGAAGAUUCAUGACAAUAAGAGUUUUGUGGCAAAGUUGCACCUAAGGGGGAGUACUCGAGAGUGUAGAUGCACUUUCAACAAGUCUCACAGUCGCAUCGUAGCUUACAGAUAUUAAGAAGGCGAACUACGCUUCAGUGCAUUAUGCUUGCGAAAAGAAUUGCAUUCACAUGAGUAAAAUGAAGGAAUGAAAUGUCGAUUGAAGCCAUUGAUUUCCUUUUGCACUUGCACUCAGCAGUGCCCGUUGGCUCCUCAUGAUUUGACUGCCGCCGUAUGUCUUGUUGGUAUUCCAACAAAAGUUUGUUAAUUAUGUUUCAGUGCUAUUGUAUUUGCUGUAAAUAGAAAUGCUUCCUUUCUUUUAUUUUGACUGUAUGUCUUAUCAACAUGUUACUUUCAUACAGAGAGUGCAUAAAAUUCCUCAAAUUGUG